CUGAAGGAACCAUGUCUCCUGUCUACUUUCUUCUCCUGCUGGUCCCUGUGAUCUCGGCUCAGACUUUUCACUGGGGUCCCUGCCCUACUCCAAAGGUGCAAUCUGACUUCAUCCUUGAACCGUACCUGGGAGAGUGGUACGAGAUUGAGAAGCUGCCUGCUUACUUUGCAAUAGGAGAGUGCGUCCGGGCAAACUAUUCUAUGAGGGAAGAUGGGACUGUGCGAGUACUGACCUCUCAGGUGUUAAAAGUACGGAAUGGCGGUAGGUGGGUUGUAGAGGGGACAGCCAAAGUCAUGGAACCAAAAGAACCAGCCAAGCUUGGAGUCCAGUUCACAUCUUGUAAGUACCCAUCUUAUCAACUUCUUUUAUAA